CUCAGAUCGCCAGCAUACAUCUCGGCUCGUUACUUUCGAGUGGAAACACCAGACCAAUUCUUCGACGCUGACCCCUCUGGUGAAGUCCUAGAAAACAUCAUGGCGGACUCUGAAAUUUCCUGGGGUCGAAGGACCCACCACGGCUCAUGGAAGCAUUCUCUGGGUUGCGCGAGCAUUAUGGUAUGCUGUCCAAUUCUUUCAAUUUUGUUCUGGGUCGCCCUCACGUCAUUUGAUUGCUCUCUAACCGCCACCGUCAUGUCUAUCUACGAGCUCGGAUUGCCUAGAUUCCUCAUCCGCUACUUUCCUCGCCCCAACAAGGCUGUCUCCAUAUACUAUGGUGCAUGGCUAUUGUUCCAGGCUUCGCUCUAUCAGUUUCUACCCAGCAAAUUGAAUUCUGGUCAACUUACACCUGCCGGGCAUCUCCUCAAAUAUCGCACCAACGGUCUACUAGCUUGGAUAGUCAGUCAUGCAAUAUUUGUAGUCGCUGCUUUAACAGGCUAUCUAGAUGCUGCAAUCAUCGCUAAAAGCUGGGAAGGGCUACUUUUCAUAACAAAUGUCGCAGGUUUUCUGUUAACAAUCGAGGCCUAUCUAAAAGCCCUAUACGCUCCAACCCACCCUGACGACAGAAAAUUUAGUUCAAGUAUGCUGUACGACAUCUACAUGGGUAUUGAACUCAAUCCUCGCAUCGGACGAUACUUUGACUACAAGCUGUUCAUUAACGGCCGCCCAGGUAUUGUAGCCUGGACCCUUAUCGAUCUCUCAUUCAUUGCCUACCAGUACCAGAGAUUUGGUAUUGUUACCAACUCGAUUGUCGUCGCUACCAUUCUCCACAUGGUCUACGUCGUCGAUUUCUUUUACAAUGAAGAUUGGUACCUCCGUACCAUCGACAUCUGUCACGACCAUUUUGGAUUUUACCUAGCCUGGGGCUCCCUAGUCUGGCUACCCAGUGUAUACACUCUCCAGACCCAAUACUUGGCGACUAAUCCAGUUCAACUAUCCAACCCUGUCGCCAUCUUCUUCCUAUGCACUGGUCUUAGCGGCUAUCUCCUAUUUCGCAGUGUCAAUCACCAAAAAGACAUUGUUCGUCUCACCAGUGCAAAGUGUAAAAUUUGGGGAAAGAAGCCUGAGGUUAUGCACGUCAAGUACAAGACAAAGGACGGCUUAGAGCACACCAGUAUCCUGCUCUGCUCAGGGUGGUGGGGAUACGCGCGCCAUGUCAAUUACAUGGGUGACUUGAUACUCUCUUACUCAAUGUGCGCUGUAUGCGGUCUCGGGAACAUACUGCCAUGGACAUACGCCAUUUUCAUGACUAUAUUGCUCAUUCAUCGCUGCUGGCGCGAUGAAGAACGCUGUUCUCAAAAGUACGGCAAAGGCUGGGCUGAGUAUUGUAAACGUGUUAGGUGGGUCAUCUGUCCAGGUAUUUAUUAG